AUGCCUUCUCAAACAUCACAUCAUCAAUCAUCUGUUAAACCACAUGAUCUUCGUUUUCAAACACAAAUUUCAACGUCUAAUCCUUCAACUCCACUUCCACAAGUUACUGAUCCAUCUGGUCCUCUUACACCUGAUACAGUUGUACUCGUUAAUCCAUUUGCAACCUUAUCUACAAGUAAUCUUUCAACAUUAAAUAAUCAACCAUUAUUACCAUCUAUUCGUUUAAUCGGUGAAUAUGAAUUAAGUGAAACAAAAUUUGAUGAUUUUAAAUGUGCCCGUCAUAUUUCAACUGGUGAAGCUCUCCUAUAUAAAGAAUAUCCUAGUGAACUUGUACGUCAACGUUUAGAACCCUAUCAACGUUUAUCAUCAAUUUUACUUGCAUCAAAUAUCAAUAAACAAUUAAUAAACUCUAUGUCAAUAGAACAAUUAGCUGCUAAAUCUAAUUUACAUUUUUUUCGUGAUAUUAUAUCACUUGAAAGAACAACUAUUGUAUUAUAUCCAAAUUAUUCAAGCAAUUUACAUACAUAUAUUACUGAAAAACAUCGUUUAAAUGAAAAUGAAUCAAGAAAUUUAUUUACACAAAUUGUACGUGCUAUACAAAUGUGUCAUCGUGUUGGUUUAAUUAUACGUGAUUUAAAAUUACGAAAAAUUAUAUUUAAUAAUAGUACACAUUCACAUUUACUUCUCACUGGACUUGAUGAAGCUAUUAUGCUAACAAAUCCAAGUACAACUAAUGAUUUCGUAUCUUCACGUUUUUCAUGUCCGGUGUAUGCAUGUCCUGAGAUUGUUCUUAAUAGACAAAUGUACUCCGGAAAAUUAGCUGAUUCAUGGAGUUUAGGUAUCAUUUUAUAUACAAUGCUAUUUGGUCGUUAUCCAUUUUGUGAUCGAACGUUAGUUGGUUUAUUUAUAAAAAUUGGUCGAUGUCGUCCUGAUAUACCUCGAACAAUAUCAGUCAAAGCUCGUUCCCUACUUCGUUCUUUAAUUCGAGUCAAACCUGAUGAACGUCUUUUAGCACAAGAUAUACUUGGACAUAUUUGGUUUAGUGGUGAUCGUGAUACAUCACCGAUAUCAAUGAAUACAUCAAUAUUAAAUGAUGAAUCAUUUUUAUAUACUAACAGCAAUAAUUAUACAAAUAACAGUAAUGAAACAACGACAACGAAAGAGGAUGCUGUUGUACCAAAUUUUGAAUGUGAAUAG